GUCAUUGAGUAGGACGCCCACGAGAGCAACACACGAACAGGCGGGCAGGAGUCGGCGUCCCCUGGUUCCUUCUGGGUCGGCUGUCGUGGUGGAAAAAGUGGCGCCCCCGCGGCCAGCAGCGGCCGGGGGCUUGAGCGGUGAGUCUCCAACUGCAUCACACCCAGGAAGCUUACUUGGAUGUUUAAGAUCUCUGUUAGAUUCAUGGUCUGGGGACGGGGGGUCUCCGACACAGUUUGAGAAAGUGUGGGUUGCGGACGGCGGUCGGGCAGCAGGGGUUAAGGCCGCAGCGUCAGCGGAGCCGAAAGGGGGUGAGGGCGCCGCGGGGACGGGUCAAGGAGCGACGGGUGACGUGGGUGAGCAUGUCGUUCUCUGCGGGGAAGUAACAUAUGCGGCACGGCAAAAUGUGCAUGUGUCUUUUGCGGGACCGCUAGGGUGCCACUUAAAGGUGGAGGUUAAGGAGAAAAUUUGGAAAGGGGAGUUCGUGGAAAUAUUUUCCCUGCUUCCCCUGGAGGAAUUUUUAGACUUGAAAGAAGAGGAUAAAAAGGAUGCGAAAAAGGAAGAGGAGGAAAAGAGGCGGAGGUAUCGGAAAAUACCAAAGUCUUUUGGGAACUGGUUGAGGGCCUUUUGUAUUUUGGCGAGCGUGAUCGGGGAAAAACACCCGGAUCGAUGUUCGCAGCUUUUUUGUUAUUUAGACGGGAUAGGGGACGCAUAUCGGACCUAUGGGGGUUUAGCAUGGUGGAAAUAUGACGAACAAUUUCGUCAGCGAUUGGCGGCAAAUCCGCCCAUGCGGUGGGACCAGAUGGACUUGCCUUUGUGGAUGAGGCUGAUGAUGGCACAGAAAAGUGCCCCCUUUCUCGGAGCGGCCGGCACGGGCUCAGGUAACGUGUCGGCAGGUCAGAAGAAAGGUUUCUGCUGGCUCUACAAUGAGGGCCAAUGCAAGUGGGGUGCAUCUUGCAGAUUUAAGCACGAGUGCUCCGGUUGCGGGGGUAAUCACGGAGUUUCCAGGUGCUUCCGAAAAGGUAAGCCGAACUUGGGAGGAGGGGUUGUCGGCACAUCAACAGCUGCGGCUGCAGCUGGGAGCGUCGCCGGUGAAGGUAAGCGCGAUGCUGCCUUGGUUAAAACUAUACGAUAAUCAGGAGGUGGCAAAGUUUUUACGGCUGGGUUUUACAGAGGGUUUCAGGAUUCCGUUUCAAGAAAGGGCUGCGGGUGGGUUAUGUAAAAACCUUCGGUCAGUGGGGGAACAUCCGAGCAUAGCUCGGGAAAAGUUAUGUAAGGAAGAGCAAUUAGGGAGGAUGGCGGGACCAUUCGCUUCCCCGCCGAUGGUUGGUUUGCGGGUGUCUCCACUUGGGGUAGUCCCCAAGAAGGAGGCGGGUAAAUUUCGUAUGAUCCAUCAUUUAUCGUACCCACAAGGUACAUCGGUUAAUGAUGAUAUCGACGAGGCCCUGUGUUCUGUUUCCUACACAUCAUUUGACAAGGCUGUCGAGUUGGUUAGGAGAGCGGGACAAGGGGCUCUAAUGGCGAAAUUGGAUGUGGAGGCAGCUUUCCGGCUGCUUCCCAUACACCCGGAUUGUCAUCACUUAUUGGGGUGCUAUUUCGAUGGGGGGUAUUUUGUGGACUUAUGCUUGCCUAUGGGUUGUGCCAUCUCGUGUGCUUACUUCGAGAGGUUUAGCACCUUUUUGGAGUGGGUCGUACGACGGGAAUCGGCUGGGGGUGCUGUGGUGCACUACCUUGACGAUUUCUUAUGCGUUGGCCCACCACGCACGGAGCGCUGUAGCCAGGUGUUGAGGACCUUCCAGUGGGUGGCGCACACAUUUGGGGUGCCGUUAGCAGAGGACAAAACGGUGGGGCCCACUACGUGCCUCAGCUUCCUGGGUUUGGAGAUCGACUCGGUACGGAGGGAGUGCAGGUUGCCCGGGGACAAAUUACAGGCCCUUCAGCGGCUAGUGGACACGGUUGGUAGGGCGAGGAAGGUCACUUUGCGCGAACUUCAAUCGUUGAUAGGGAGCCUGAAUUUUGCGUGCCGAGUGAUCCCUAUGGGGAGGGUCUUUUGCAGACGACUGGCGCGGGCGACAAGCGGGGUGAGAAAACCGUCACAUUAUAUUAGGGUGUCUGUGGACAUGAGAGAGGACUUGGAGGUAUGGGCUAGGUUUUUGAGGGAGUUUAACGGGAAGGUGUUUUUUCGGGAGCCGUUGGGAACCUCCACGGCCGUGGGUUUGUUUACGGAUGCAUCAGGCAGCAUCGGUUUUGGGGCGUACCUAGCGGGUAAAUGGUGCGCGGAGGGGUGGCCGGAGGCAUGGAAAGCGAGCCCCUUGAUUAGGAACUUGGCUUUUUUGGAGUUUUUCCCGGUUGUUGUGGCAGUGGCGUUAUGGGGUCCGGAGUUAGCCAAUAAGAGGGUGGUGUUCAAUUCGGAUAACAUGGCAGUGGUGCAGGCUAUCAACGGAUUAUCGGCUUCUUCAUGGCCAGUGGUACGGUUGUUGAGGCAAUUGGUUCUCUUGUGCAUGUCUUUUAAUAUUGUGUUUCGCGCUCGGCAUAUACCGGGGCUUACCAAUGUUGUCGCUGACGCGCUGUCUCGCCUACAGUGGGAGCGUUUUCGGGAGGCGGCGCCGGAGGCGGAAGAGGAGGGUCACGCCUGUCCGGCGGAGAUGUGGGAACUCGGGACGUCUUGCUUGGGGAGUACAUAAAGAAGUCUCUGGCGCCUGGAACUUGGUUCUCCUAUGUUAAGGUCUGGCAAGUGUGGGAAGACACGAUACAGCAGGUAGGGGUGACGGGCCCUGGGAGCAAUCGGCUGGACAUACUGUUAUGGAUCCUAUGCCGGUUGUUCGCAAAGCAAGCGUCGCCAUCAAUGGUUGAUAGGUACAUGUCAGCGUUGGCGUUUUUGUUUAAGUUUAAUGGAUGGGAGGAUGUGACGAAGCAUUUUAUAGUGAGGCAAACGGUUCGGGGAUACAGGAAAGGUAAGAAAACGAAGGAUACGAGAAGACCAGUCUCCUUCACAGUGUUACAGGGGUUAGUGAACAAACUACCGGAGAUAUGUUUUUCUGUGUUUGAAGUGGCGUUAUUUACAGUGGCUUUUCGUGGGCCUUUUUUGGGGCGUUUCGGAUUGGUGAGUUGCUUAGUGCCAACAAGAAAGGGGUUGGUGGGCUUAGGUUGGAAGAUGUGACGGUUAGUAGGGACAGGGUAUUGAUUCACCUGAUUCAAUCAAAGACGGAUGUAUUUGGUAAAGGUGCCAUGGUCACGUUGUUUGGUUUACCAGGGUCGGGGUUGUGUCCGGUGGCGAGUGGGGCCGGGUUUUUGGAACUACGCCCGAUAGGGAGCGGUUGUUUCUUCAUACAUGCCGACGGCACGGCACUGUCGCGCUUCCAAUUUGUGCGGGUUUUCCGUUUGGGAUUACAGAAGUUGGGUCUGGAGCCCAUGCAGUUUGGAACACAUUCAUUCCGAAUAGGCGCGGCGACAGAAGCGGCUCGCUUGGGUUUAGGGGAUGAGCGGAUUAGACGAAUUGGGAGAUGGGAAUCUCUCAGGUUUCGCUCUUAUGUACGGCCAGAUAGGCUGGUGUGAAGGGGUGGUUGAUUGUGGGUGUUUGGGAUGUGCUGGUGAUGUUUCCUCAAUGUUAUGUUUUAUUUUAGGUUGGACGGUGUGGAUAAUUGGCCAUUCGUAUAUCCAUUGGGCAAGGAGGAGGGCCGCAGUUAGAAGACAUGGAACACAGCUGGGCUUUCCUGAGGAUCGGGUGGCGUUAUUCUGGUUCGGUUAUCGGGGGUUUGACUGGCAGCACAUUAUUACGGUAUUGUUUCGGAAGGUAGCGGAGGAGCCCUUGCCGAACGUGGUGGUAAUUCACGGGGGGGGAAACGACUUGGGUCUGGUCCCCCAACGUGAACUGGUUAAGUGUAUGAAGCAGGACGUUGACAGACUAAGGGGGCUUGUCCCUGGCGUGAAAGUGGUAUGGUCGGAGAUGGUACCUCGUUUAUGCUGGAGAUACGCCAGGGAUGAGAAGGCAGUUUCUCGAUGUCGGGGUAAAGUGAACAGGACCAUGGCGGUGUUCAUUCGAAGGUUAGGAGGCGUGGUGGUGAGGCAUCGGGAGUUGGAGGAGAGAUUACCGGGUUACUUUCGUGAUGACGGGGUGCACUUAUCGGAUGUUGGUUAUGACCUUUUUAAUUUAGGUUUGCAAGACGGGAUAGCGCAAGCCCUGUUUUUGUGUGGUGGGGGUCGCACAUGUCCUUAAGGGGUCAAGGCAAGUGCUGUGGCGGAAAAGGUCUUGGUUAAACUGGAAUUUUGGUGGGUUAAGAAAUUGGUAGGCCAAGGUCUAGGCUGGAGUAGGCCGGAAGUCAAAAGUAUGGAGGUAGGUUCGAGCCCGUCGGUGGCUACGAACCAAGGGGUGUAGGGGUGUCUGGGUACACCCCUGCAGUUAGACAAAUGGAGGUGGGGCCUCUUGGUAGGCCGUUGAGUUAUGUGUAUGUAUUAUUGGUUAUGCUAAUGUUUGUUUUGGUAGGGUCAUUGUCGGGGGUAUGAUAUAGGAAAAGAGCCUAACGAAGGAGUACUGUUGACAAUGACCCUAAAUUGUUAAUUUAUAUAUUGAUAUUAAUUAAUAAAGCUGUGGACUUUAUACUCCAACAGAAUUUUCGGUGUCUGCGUGUUAUUAAAGUAUGGUUGGCACAUGCCGAAUAACGACUGUGCAAUAAUGUCAUGAAACCACGGAGCAACGCAGGGAGGAGUGGGCCUUGACAGAGCCAGGAGUAGGCAGGGUGAAGUUCAGGUCAAGAGGCUGUCCUGUGAUUGUGCUGGGGGGCGUGGGUUAGAAGGGAAGUUUAAAUAGCGGCCAUUUUAGGGUAAGUUCAUUCUAACUUGAGCCUUUCUUACCUGUAAAUUGUCCCUCCCACCCACCCUAUGAGUUAGUAGUAGUUCCCGUUUGGUCACAGCGGCGGGAAAAGGUCUUGGUUAAACUGGAAUUUUGGUGGGUUAAGAAAUUGGUAGGCCAAGGUCUAGGCUGGAGUAGGCCGGAAGUCAAAAGUAUGGAGGUAGGUUCGAGCCCGUCGGUGGCUACGAACCAAGGGGUGUAGGGGUGUCUGGGUACACCCCUGCAGUUAAACAAAUGGAGGUGGGGCCUCUUGGUAGGCUGUUGAGUUAUGUGUAUGUAUUAUUGGUUAUGCUAAUGUUUGUUUUGGUAGGGUCAUUGUCGGGG